AUGUCUGCCAUUUUCAAUCCAACGGUGGAUACACAGCAGAGCCCAUGUCACUCCCUCCUCUCCUUCGAGAUGCAGCAUCAUCCAAGGAUAAGGCAACACCAAGCAUUGAUGCAGCAAUCCCUUUAUCACCCAGGCCUCUUAGCCUCUCCCCAGAUAGAGCCUAUCUUGAGUGGAAAUUUGCCUCCUGGAUUUGACCCAACUACAUGUCGCAGUGUGUAUGUGGGAAACAUCCACCCACAGGUUACAGAAUUACUACUCCAAGAGAUUUUUACAAGCACUGGUGCUUUGGAAAGCUGUAAACUUAUUCGAAAAGAAAAGUCAUCUUAUGGUUUUGUUGACUACUUUGACCGACGUUGUGCUGCUCUUGCUAUUGUCACUCUAAAUGGAAGACAUGUGUUUGGUCAACCAAUCAAAGUCAAUUGGGCAUAUGCCAGUAGUCAAAGAGAAGAUACAUCAGGUCAUUUUAACAUAUUUGUAGGUGACCUUAGCCCUGAAAUAACUGAUGCUACAUUGUUUGCUUCAUUCUCUGUAUACUCCACUUGUUCUGAUGCUAGAGUUAUGUGGGAUCAGAAAACGGGUCGAUCCAGGGGAUUUGGGUUUGUUUCAUUUCGUAGUCAACAGGAGGCUCAAACUGCAAUCAAUGAUAUGAAUGGAAAGUGGCUUGGAAGCAGACAAAUUCGUUGCAAUUGGGCAGCAAAGGGUGCAGGGGGAGACGAUAAACAAAGUUCAGAUUCCAAAAGUAUUGUUGAAUUGACAAAUGGAACAUCAGAUGAUGGUCAAGAAAAGAGUAGUAGUGAAGAUGCUCCAGGGAACAAUCCUCAAUAUACAACUGUUUAUGUUGGGAAUCUUGCUCCUGAGGUUACAUCGGUUGAUCUUCAUCGACAUUUUCAUGGACUUGGAGCUGGAGUUAUUGAAGAUGUAAGGAUUCAAAGAGAUAAAGGAUUUGGUUUCAUAAGAUAUAGCUCUCAUGGUGAAGCAGCUCGAGCUAUUCAAUUUGGAAAUGCCAAACUUUUGUUUGGGAAACCACUCAAGUGUUCAUGGGGGAGCAAACCUACGCCACCAGGAACAAGCUCCACCCCAUUGCCGCCACCAGUGGCGGCAAAUGUUGGCGGUUAUUCAGCGGGGGAGCUUGCCGCCUAUGAAAGACAGGUGGCUCUGAGUAAAAUGGGUCUGAUGCACCACCACCAUCAGGCGGCUCAACGGAUGGGGAUGGUGGCUAGUCAGGCGGUGUAUGAUGGUGGUUACUCUGGUGUUGCUGCACAACCGCCGCCUUUGUACUACCAGUAAUAAAAUAAGGUGUCAAGAAAAUUUAGGAUGAUUUUUCUUUGCUGUUUAUUGUUUGUUAUAAUUUCUAAAAAAAAUCGAUUAUGUAUGCGUGUUUUCCCAUCUUUUAGGAUGGGUGUAUCAUGGUAUAUGUAGCUCUUUCUUCUCCCAU